AUGGCUCGCAACCCUCGAUGCCUCUACGAUCUUCCCAAUGAGAUACUGGUGUCCAUCCUCUCGGGGUUUUCGACUCAAGACCUCCUGCCGCUGGUCGUGGUCUCGCGACGGUUCCAUUCCCUCAUCCUCAGGAUCCUACAUUUCCGACUUCUCCUCGCUGCGGCUUUGCCGGAUUACAAGUUGAUCCUGGAAGCGUAUCAUCCAAGCAAGCGAUACAGCGACCCUUAUCUGUUUUGUACCUACCUUGGUACCGAUGGGCUCAGUUCCAAACACGAAGGCAAGGGGAGCCUCUAUGAAGACUGUGACGGAGAAGAAGGAAGACUCGCGAAACUAGGUGGACUCUACAGCCGCUUCAGACCCGAGCGGCCUGGAGUGUCGGGUUCCAUGCCCGCACGACGGGUUGCGGGCGCCGUGUUGAAUACCGCGUCAUCUUCAACAAGUGGAACAAUGCCCAUCUAUGCCGAUGGAGGCGAUGGAGGUUUCACCAAAGUCAUGCACACCCUGAAUCUCGAUGCGGACGAGUUGUUCGGCCAGUUUUGCGCCUAUGCUAGCCUCGUGAGGCUUGGACCCCGUAGAGGGGUCUUUCUCAGCAAUGUUCAUAUUGUGCGAUCGGGCCAAGGCGUCAUGCGGGUGUGGAAACAAUGGCUCCAGGAUCGCGCCCAAGACCUAUGGCAACAAGAGCAAGAGUUGGACGGUUUUAAGAUGAGUCCAACACCAACCACGAGCUGCCCUUCGAUAGGAGCGGACAAAAACAUCAUGUGGACCGACUACAGAAAGAACGUCGGUCUGCGGGUCGCAGUGCGUGAUCGCAAUGAAAUACUUUAUGGAAAUCGUCAUGCCAUCGACCUGGACGACAUGCCCAUGACCUUUACGAUCGAGAUCCAAGAGCUGGUUGUGCGUACAACGCAUUUAAUGCUGGCCGUGGAGACAUCCACCCAGCAACAAGGCAAUAUAUCAGGUAAAGCCCUUAUAUUCGGGAACUUCGCCACCGCAGCCCCUUCACAGUCGUGA